AUGUUUGUAAUGAGUGUUAUUAUUUAUAAUAGUACAGUUAAUAAUAUGGAAUUUAGUUUUGGAGUUUUAGGAAGAUUAUUUUUAGAAAAAGAAAUGACAACAAACAAUUUAAAAAAUGAUACAACUAUUAAUAUAAAUAAUAUUAAUAGCGACAGUAGAGGUAUAAAUAAUGAUAGAUUAUCUCCUUCAAUUAGCGGCACUAGAAUACCAUAUGCAUAUUCAUCAUUAAAUCCAACCAUAGCUUCGGCAUCCGCCAAAAUUCCAGUUAAAUUAGCUAUUGUACUUCAUUGUAAAAUUUUAACAUAUUUAUAUAAAAAUAAUCUUAUAACUAAAGAAACUUUAAAAGAACAUUUAUCAUAUUUAUUUGAUAAGAUAUGGGUGGAGUACAAUCUCAGAGUUAUCGAAAGUGUUCCAAUAGAAAAAAUUCAAUCUCAUUUACCAAAAAAUUUUAACCAAGUUUUAUUUUUGAAGGAUACAAAAAUUUUGGCCUAUCUUCAAAAAUAUCCAAACUAUAUAACUCUGCUCAAUAAUAAUAAUACUGUAAAUAAUAAUGUAAAUAAUAAUGUAAACAGUAUAAAUAAUAAUUAUAUGGAACUAAAAAAAUCGAAACCAUUAGCAAGUAAUGGUAAUAGUAAUGUUGGUUUUAGUAAUAAUAAUACAUAUAAUAAUAAUAAUAACCAUAGUAGUUUUAAUAAUAAUAAAGUCAUAGUAAAUAACAAAAAAAGAAAAUUUGAUCAAAAAUAA